CAGAGCGCCCGCCAGGUGCUGGGAGCGGCGUAACCGAUGGGGGCUCCACAUCCCUGUUCUCCAGGAGCUCGGCACGCAGUGCCUGCCGUGGACACAUAUGUGACUGUGACCGCGUGGGCAGGAGGUUGGGGUGAGGUGGGAUCCUACCCCGGGUGGUCAAGGAAGGCCGCUCUGAAGGGACCAAGUUUGAGCUUUGAGUGACUUGAAGGAGCCAGUUGGGCAGAGAGACCAAGGAUAGAGCAUUCCAGGCAUUGGGGACAGUCAGGGCAAAAGCGAGGGGAGAGUGAGGCACGCUCAGAGGACAGAGAGGAGACCGGGGGAGGGCGAGCCCUAAACCCCACCCUGGUGGGUUCUAUCUUAGUGUGGUGGGGAGCCAGGUGGGUUCUAAGCAGGGGUCUGGCUAGGUCUGACUUGGUUUUACAAGACCGUGGUGCUGGGGUUGCGAGUAACCCGGGAGGGAGACUGGCGGGGGUGACUAGAAAACUCUGGAAGAAUUAACAAAAACGGCAGCUUCCUCCCAGGCCUCCUUGCUCAUGUCUUCUAACCCGGCCCUUCUCUGAUCCCUCACCUGGGUGGGCGUCCCGUGACCUCCACGGACUCCGGGAUAGAGACCCAGCUGGUGUGGGGCAUUCAGGGCCCUGGACCCGCCCCUUCAUCCCCGCGUCCUGCCAGCUGCUGUCGCACACCCCUUGCCCAGCCUCAGUGAGCUCCUCCAGGGGCCCCACGUGAAGCCAGGCCGUUGGCGCUCGCCGCCCGUCUGCUCCCAGUCUUGCCACCUCUCCCUGACCCGCCAGCCCUGUGCUCGCUGGCCCUGCUCUUUCCAGGGCCCCAGCCACCCCUCCCCACUUUCUCCACACAGCCCUGUUCACAGAGACGCCGCACGACAUGACUGCACGGACGGGCGAGGACGUGGAGAUGGCCUGCUCCUUCCGUGGCAGCGGCUCCCCCUCCUACUCGCUGGAGAUCCAGUGGUGGUACGUGCGGAGCCACAGGGACUGGACCGACAAGCAGGCGUGGGCCUCGAACCAGCUAAAAGCAUCUCAGCAGGAAGACACAGGGAAGGACGCCACCAAAAUAAGUGUGGUCAAGGUGGUAGGCAGCAACAUCUCCCACAAACUGCGUCUGUCAAGGGUGAAGCCCACGGACGAAGGCACCUAUGAGUGCCGUGUCAUCGACUUCAGCGACGGCAAGGCCCGGCACCACAAGGUCAAGGCCUACCUUCGGGUGCAGCCGGGAGAGAACUCGGUCCUGCACCUGCCCGAAGCCCCACCCGCUGCGCCCGCCCCACCCCCCCCAAAGCCGGGCAAGGAGCUGCGGAAGCGUUCGUUGGAUGAGGAGGCCUGCAGCCUCUAGACUGAUGCCCACCUGGCCGCCCACCCACCCCGCGCCCCUACAGCUGUACAGAGUGCAUGAGGAGCCGCUGGACCCCGGGGGACGGGACCGCCUGGGUCCAGCCGCCUCCCCAUCCCCAAGACUGCCUGUGGCCACCACGUCGGCCCUCUGCCCACCACUCCCUUGCUCAGCAUGUAAGCCCUGCCCGACCCUCCCUUUUCAGACCCCUGCGGUGACCUGGCUCAGAGAAGGUGGCCCCAGGCACUAAGGGGACGACCGCCCCGAACGCCGGGGUGGGCACCAUGCCAGGGCCAGGCUGCCUCUCUGUCACCAGCUUCAGUGGAGUCCAGUGUUUUGCUUUGCUUGCUUGUUCCCCAUCCUGUCCCAAGCCAGGGCCUCCCAGCCUUAUUCUCCCUCCUUCCCCAUCAUCCCCCGCCUGAACCUGGGGGUGUGGACAGUGACCCCUCCCUGAACUUGGACUUGAAUCUUCUGAGCAGAACUAGGGCCUCUCCCCUGGCGACAGAGCCCCCAGGAGAGCCUUGUUCUGAGCCCAUGUCCUGUAAACAGGGUCACUCGGGCCCUGGGAGGAGAGGGAGACACCUCACUGCCUCCUGGUGGGUCCUUCCUGUCCAGCUUCCUUAUACCUAAGAAACAGCUCCCUGUCCCACCUUCCGCAGAGGUGGGGGGACCAGGAAUCUGCCCGUUUACGUGGCGAGUCCGAAGGAGGGCCUUUUCCCCUCUGACCCAGUGGCCCAAUGCAGAGUUUUGCACCAGCAGGACCCCUUCGAGGGUCUUCGAGGCUCUCCCAGGAGCCCCCCUCUGCCAGCUCCCAACGUCCCAGCCCCCUUCUGGGGCCCAUGCCAUGCCCACUCAAGGGCCUGGGGCUGUUGGGAGCCCAAAGCCCCCCAGUACCAACCUCCUCACAAUUCCUAAUCAGGGGGGACACCCGCCCCCUGGUGAUUUGUAAAUAUUUCUAUUGGGCCCAACACCCCCUGGGAACUGGCUCAAACCUCUGGCCACCCCUUAGUGACGGGAGUUGGGAUAUGGGAGAGGCCGAGGGCUCUGCCCGGGGGGUGUGUGUGGGUAACCCUGUACACAUGAUCCAAUCCGUGACUAACCAGCCAACCUGAAUAAAGCGGUUUAAAAAAAACAA